AUGUGGGACGCACUGAUAGGACUCCCGUUCCUCUCCUUCCUCCUCAUCCCGACCAUGACCUCCUACUCUACGAGUCUCAAUCUCCUCUUCUUCUACCUCACAUGGGCGACACUGGUCCUGUCGCAUCCGCCACUGCGGGUUGAAAUCGUCGCCACGCUGGCGGUGCGAGUUAUUUUCUACAUCGUUCCGUCGCUGUUCUUCCUUGCCUUUGAUGCCCUCUUGCCCUCCGCAGCGGAGGGCCUCAAGGCACUGGGCCCUGCCGGGCUGCCUUUCAAAGACGCGAGUCAAGCGCGAGCGCUGCGCAAUCUCCGUGUGCUCGGCUGGUCUGCCUUGAACAUUCUUCUUGGUGUCGCGAUUCAGGCGUCGGUCGAGGUCCUCUUUACGAAAGUUCUGCUCAUCCGUUCUGCAUUGCGCGUGACCACGACUCUGCCCAUGCCGUUCGGCAUCGUCAAGGACCUUGCGAAGGGCUUCCUAUUCCGCGAGAUAACCGCAUACACCCUGCACCGAUACACCCUGCACGAGUCUUCCACGACACUGGCCCGCGCUCACAGAGACUGGUAUCACGCGCUGUCGACUCCGUUCCCCUUGACUGCCAGCUACGAUCACCCCGCCGCAUAUCUUACCCGCAGCUUUCUCCCCACAUACCUACCGGCAGUCCUCUUCCGGUUCCAUCUACUCACCUACGUGCUGUACCUGACCCUAAUAUCUUUAGAAGAGACGUUCGCCUACUCCGGGUACUCGACAGUGCCCACCAACUUCAUCCUAGGUGGUGUGGCGCGCCGCACGGACAACCACGUACUGUGCGGUGGAGAGGGGAACUUCGGGCCCUGGGGUCUCAUCGACUGGGUCCUCGGAACCAGCGUUGGCGCCGAUCUGAUCGAUGACGUCGUGCAGGAGGCAGAGAAACACGACGUCCCUGCCCGCGUGGAGCGCACAAAGGCGAAAGCAAAGUCCCGGGCCAAUCGAAAGCUCAGCGAUCUGAAGGGUAACCUGUCUCCUGGGAGGCGCAGGACUACGAGGAAUCGCGGUGAUAGUUAG